AUGUCAUCUCUCAAAGUCUUAAUCUGCGGCGGUGGUUGCGCCGGCCCAGCAUUGGCCUUCUGGCUCGUCCGUCUAGGCCACCGGGUAACAAUCGUCGAACGCUUCCCAGCCCUACGUGCAACAGGAGCUCAAAUCGACUUCCGCGAACAAGGAAUCCAAACCGUUAAACGCAUGGGUCUUGACGAAGUCGUCCGUUCAAAGCUCGUUGACGAAGCAGGCGUGGGCUUCGUCGACUCCAGCGGUAAAGUCAUCGGUACAAUCAUGGCCAACAAAUCAGGCAAAGGCGCUCAAUCCGUUACUUCAGAAUACGAAAUCAUGAGAGGUGAUCUUGUGAGAAUCUUAUAUGAUGCUACGAAGGAUGAUGUGGAGUAUAUCUUUGAUAAGACUGUUGAGAGCUUUAAGCAGGAUGAUAAACAGGUUUAUGCUUAUUUCUCGGAUGGGACUUCUGAUACGUUUGAUUUGUUGGUUGGGGCUGAUGGACAGGGUUCGAGGAUUCGAAGAGCGAUUAAUCCACCUGGUAUGCCAGAUCCUUAUCGCCAACUUGGUCUUCACAUGGCGUAUUAUUUCAUUCCACGGGAGGAGGGCGAUACGAAUAUCCGAAGGACAUAUUCUGCUUCAGAAGGAAGAAUGAUCUUUCGUCGAACACACAACUCAACUGAAACUCAAGUCUAUCUCAUCCUGAAAGAUGAUUCCCCUGAAACAUCCGCCAUUCAUAAAGGAACCGUCAAACAACAGAAAGAAUUCUGGUCCCAAAGAUUCCGCAACGCAGGAUGGCAAAUCGACCGUUUCCUCAAAGGAAUGCAAACUGCUCAAAACUUCUACUCUCAAGAGGUUGUCCAAGUACAAACUCCUAUCUGGUCCAAGAACCGUGUCGUCCUCCUCGGCGACGCAGCACAUUGCCCCUCACCCUUUAGCGGCAUGGGUACUACAGCGAGUUUCGUAGGAGCAUAUAUCCUAGCUGGGGAAAUCAGUCGAAACCCUGAUGAUCUACCUUUGGCAUUCGUGAACUACGAUGACACGCUACGGCCGUUUAUCGAUGAGGUUCAGAAUGUCAAGUUGAAUGUUAUCAAGACUUUUAUACCAGAUACGCAGUGGGGCGUUACUGUUUUGCAGUGGUUUGCUUGGCUGGUUUGUCUUUUGAGAAUUCCGGCUUUGGUUUCGAGGUUUUCGAGUGAGGAGAAGGGAGGAUGGCAUUUGCCUCAUUAUCCGGAGUUGAAUUAUGAGAAGUGA